GGAAAACCACUCUCCUUGUGCGCUUUGUAUCGUUGUGCAUGCAGUUUAUUCUCUCUCCCCUAAAAACAGCUUGUAAAAACGUCCUUUUUCCAGGUCCAGGUAAUCAAUCUCCCAAACUUAUCCCCCAACCGUUGAAGCCCGCAGAGACUCUCUAUCUCUACAUUUCUUUGAAGGUUGCAGAAGAAACCUCCUCAAUGCUCACGACCUCCUCUUUAAGCGUUCCAAUUCGUCAAUGCCUUUGUCAUUCACCCGCUGAACCUUUUCUUCCGAUUCCUCAGAACUGUUGAGAGAAGGAAAAUCUCAAACACCCAGAUUCAAACCCGGUAUUGAUUUCUUGACCCAUUGUUUCUGAAUCCUCCAAAAGUUUGGAAUCACUAACACCCAGAUUCGAAGAAAUCGAGCUUAUCCCUGAGCCCUAUACCUCUCCUCCAGUACCGAAUGUUUGUGGGAGGUUUCUGAAUCAAAGCUAAAGACCAAGGAAUCAACCGUUUGGGGACCAAACUCAUUCGACCCAUUUGGUUGAUUUUUCAUGGUUAUAAGAAAUCAUAGAUACCCAGAUUCAAAAACUAUUCCGAAGGUCAAAUUCUAUCCCUUUGACAGGCGAGUAUCUUGAAUUCAGAGCUGUAGAAGAGGAAUCUAAUCAUUUGGGUUUGGACCCAGAUGGAAGAAGGCUCUGUAAUCCUCAAUCCAAACCCCAAUUAAGAAAAAGAAAACUGUUGUUUGUCUGUGUAGCUGUUGUUUUGUGGUUGUCGUCACUUGUUCCAUGGGACAACCAUCGCUAGCCUUGGUGUUCCUAAUCUUUGGCUUCGCCAUUAACAUUCUUCCUCUCCUUGCUCAGUCCCUAUCAGAAAAUGGCGUAAACAUUCCCGCAACACCUCCGCCUCCGCCUCCACCUCCUCCUCCUCCCCCUCCUCCUCCCCCACCCCCUCCGCCUCCACCUCCACCUCCAUCACCGCCUCCACCGCCUCCUCCACCGCCUGCGCCUCCGUCUCCACCGCCUCCUCCGUCUCCAUCUCCAUCUCCUUCUCCACCACUACAACAACCUCAAUCGACACCUCCACCGCCGCCUCCAUCAUAUAAUUCAAGACCGCCACCACCACACAAGUGGCAGACAGAGGCCGAUAACGGGUCCAAUCAUAGCCCAAGAAACCUGUCGCCACCGCCUCGGGAGCAAAUCACCAAUACAGGGAAAACGAUUGGGCUUUUGUUUGUGGGUAUCGCUGCGAUCCUUCAAAUUGGCGUGGUGGGGUUCUUGGUUUUCAAGAGAAGGCAGCUUCUGAAGCUCUAGGACAGAUACGAGAGCUGUUCUUGAAUUGAAAUUUUCGGUUAUGUCGAUCUUCGCAUCUAUUGUUCUAUUUCGGCGGCACGCAUGGUUUUUUCGAGAUCGAGUUUGGAAGUCUUUACGGAGGCGGCAUAUGUUGUUAAGGGGUUUUUUCGAAUUUACAUUCUUUGGUGGAUUAUGAGAAAAAUAUGAAUUGUUACUUGAUUGGAGCAUCGGGCAUUUGUCAAUGUGGUAAAUGUUGAUUGGGAUAUUCUUUCAUCUUGUUCUUUCUGAAUUCCUGUUGAUUACCUUAUCUUAUGUCUAAACUAUAAGGCUUAUAACUGAUAGCAGAGGAAACCCCUUUUGCCAAUGUUGCAUGGCUUCCUCAAAAUUUUUUCUUUCUGCUACUGACACGUGUAUGUUUAACAUGUUAGACAUCAUGGAAGAAUUAUCAU